AACAAAUCUCACAUUGAAAACAUAGGCAACAAUAUUUUUGAAUAUUUAUAUUUAUCAAUGAAAAUUUCUAAAAUAAAAAUAAGCUGAGUCACAAUGAAUCGCGUGCUGGAGGAUGUGAUCCACAGACACGCUGCCAACACUGAUCGCAUUACAGCUGAGAAUACACUGGGCUAUGUGGUCUCGGAUAACACCACCGGCAAUGUGGCGGCCACCUCUUUCGAUAAUACUAGUGCCCAGGGCAUUGUGAAGCACAUGAAUGGCAUUUUGGUCGGCAUAGUGCAGAGCGCCAUCCGGGAUCUGGAUCCGACAAAUAAGCUGUGCUAUCUGCGUGUGCAAACACGCAAGUUUGAAUAUCUCGUCGCGCCAGAAGAGCUGUUUACUAUAACCGUGUUGCAGUAAAAAGGAAAAUAUCGAUGUUUUUUGCAUUUGAAUUUGUUGCUUGCUCUCCAGGUUUAAUGCUGAGUUCAAGUAUUUGUGUUCGGGUGUCCAGUGAAUUAAAUUUAAAAUUACAAAAAUA